GCCUUUUGCGUCUCUAAAGCGGUGGGAAGGGGCACACGGGGCACGUGCGUUCACGAUGUCGGGUAAAAAAGGUAGUACCAAGGGCUUUAAAAAGCCCUUGACUGUAAGAACAAAAACUAACCGAAUUCGCAAAGGUCAGAGCAGUAGCGCCAACCCGAAUCAACGGAAAUUUCGUGAUGAAGCGAAGAGCAAGGUGUUCGGCUUCGGAGCGUUCCCAUCCAAAGGUGGCGGAACGCUGACAGUGGAGCAACUUCAGCAGCACAAUGGUUGUGCGCAUGAUGAAACUUCUUCGGUUGGGCCAAACGAUGCACAGGAUCGACUCAGCAUUGCUGAAACUGAAAGCAAUCACACAGCUGAAUCAGACUGGACGCUUGGCUCUAUUUUAACCAUGAACAAAUUGCUUCACAAAUGGGACCCCACAUCGCCACUGCACAAAGAAAUGUUAGCCAUGUACAAUGCAUCAACUGAAAUCAUAAAGUCGAAGGGUGGUCAGCAGACUGACACCGAGUACUUUGCUGUUCUGAUGACAACCCUGGAGGCUGUUGAGGCUGAUAUUUCAAGGACUUCAGCUGCUGCUUUACUCGCAAUUUUUGCUAAGAGGGUGCCUGCUGCAGUACUUAGGAAGAAAUUUUCCUGGAUAACAACAAUGUGCAUCAACUUCAUGCAAUCGUACGCGCAAUCCACACAGGUCAUGCUGCUUCGAAAUCUGCUGUGCUUGCUGAGUUCCUGCUUGAAGACGUUGGAUCUGGCCACUUGGAGUGAGUCGUCUACACUGCAAGUUUUCAGCUUCAUGUUUCCAUACAUUGUCCACAGCAGGCCUAAGCUGCGCAAGUUUGCUCAGAAGGCUAUCUGCAACAUCCUGACUGGCAGCAGCAUCAUGGCUGCAGCUGAUGCUCCACUUACACACCCAGCAGUGCCUGCUCUUGUAGCAUUCUGUCUCCCAAUUGUAAAGUCAUCGGCAGCAACAUCCUUGCCGGUCUCUACUCUGCACAUCUUCGGCUUUUUAAAAUUGGUGCUGCACCUGUUUCCCCAGGCAGAGGUUAAGGCUACAUGCGAAGCAGUGCUCCAAGUCAUGGGGGCUGGCCACCCUACGGUCGUACGAUGUGGCUUGGUUAUGCUGCAAUCAUUCUUUUCUUCAAGGCCACGUCCUGCUGUAUCAUUAAGCCCAGAGCUCAAUGCACAGCUUGUCAACGCGCUCUACGACUACAAGCCUGGCCUGAGAGACCACAAGCUCUAUGAUGUGUGGCUUGUCACUGUGCAGGAGGCACUUGCAAACCUUGAAAGUACCUCUGAUGAACUCUUCCUAAGCAACCUUCCAAAGUUUGUUGGCAUUAUUGUUGAGACCUGGCACAGUGGGAGGUCAGAGACCAGUUACACUGCAGCUAUGGUACUUAUGACAUUGCUGAAGCAGAGCUUUCAAGCUUGCCUGGACAAGGAAGGAGACCCAAGUUCUGUGAAUAGCUUGUGCCACACCACUGGUGUUAAAGUGGUCGAGCACAUGCAGCGAGCGUUGCACUACCAGUUUGCGUGUGUCUGGGAUCAGGUGCUUUUGACAUGGGCUACUUGCUUUGAGGUACUCGGCAAGAAAUGUGCCACUGACAUGCUUGAGCCUUUAAGCCAUAUAGCAGACUUGCGUGAAUCUCAGGCAUACUCCAACAGUGCUGCGGUAGACAGAACCAUAGCUACUGCUGUGAAGGCCAUGGGACCUGAGCUCGUGUUGAAAGCCAUUCCACUGGAUAUGAGUGGAGAAGAGGGCCAAGACUUCAAAAGGAGUUGGAUGCUGCCAGUCUUGCGUGACAAUAUAAGGGCUACACGGCUUGCCUUUUUCACUACCUACUUUCUUCCACUAGCCUCUGCUUUCCAUGAGCUGGCUGAAGCUCCGGACAAGCCUACGUCUGUUACCAAGGCCUAUGAGAUAUUGGAGAAGCAAAUAUGGUCCCUUUUACCUGGCUUUUGUACUAGUCCAACAGAUUUUAAUGAGUCCUUCCCAAGGAUUGCCAGGACACUUGGAACCUACUUGGCCAAUCGAAUGGAUCUGAGGCUUGACAUCAUGUCUGCACUGCGGCACCUCAUCAACAGCAACAUUCUGAAUGAGGAAAAUGUUCCAGAGAUGAGUAGAUAUGCGAAGAACUUUCUGCCAAUCUUGUUCAACAUCUACACAAAUGAGGCACCAUCACAGUGUGAGGAAGGAAUCCGCCUGGCUGCCUAUGACACCAUCAAGGCAUUUGUUCGAAUUGCAGAUGACCAGCUCUGCUGUGCACUUUUCAUUAGUGCAUCUGCAAAACUGUUGAAUGACCAGAUUACUUCUCAUAGCAAGCAUGCUAUUUUAGACCUUGCAAGGUCUCUAGUCAGCAAAAUGAGUCUGGAGAAUGUACAACGCAUGUACAUGCUAAGCAAGGUCAACUUAGAGGACUCGGACCGUCGAGUACAAAAGAAAGCGUACCGUGUCAUGGAAGAAAUUUGCCGUUGUCCAUCUCCUAUUUGUAAGGAAUUCAUUGAAACACGUGUUGGAGAACUCGGUGAAGUUCUCCUGGAUAGUCUACAGAGUAUAGCCCCUGGAUCAAGAGCGCCAAGGCUUCGGUGCUUGGGCCUUUUGCUUGGUAACCUGAGCAUUGAGCACAAGUCUUUUGCCCAGAAAGCGCUUCAUGAGGCGGUGUUGUGCACCAAAGUGAAUGCUGCUAAGGUGCAGCAGGCAGCGUACGAGGUUGUGCUAAGGGUGGGAAAGGCACUGAUCAGUUGGCAGCCAGAGGAUCCUGCAGCAGCUGUCAAGGAGCUUGUGUCCCAGCUGACGGCUGGCUUCACAGGUGGUUCCUACCUAGUCAGCUGCACAAUUUUAUCACUCUCCACUGUCCUCUAUGAGUUCAAAGGUAUCUACAGCAAUGACGUGCUGAAUGCCGUCGUUGAGGCUGUUGAGAUUGUCAUGGCAUCGCAUAGUCGAGAGAUUGUGCAGGCAGCCCUUUAUUUUGUGCGGAUGCUCUUUGUCAUCCUUUCCACAGAAGAACUGGCUCAACACUUGCCCAAACUGAUUCCCAACCUUUGCUCCAUGUCGGAAGACUGCCGGAAGCAUUUCCGAAUGAAGCUGAGAGACAUUUUCAUCAAAUUGAUUCGAAAGUUUGGCUAUGAAAACAUCAUUGGACUCUUACCCGAGUCAUACCGUAAAUUAGCCGUCAAAAUCCGCAAAGUUGAGAAGCGAAAAAAACGGAAGAAGGAUGAAAAGAGCAGAGAGUAUCAGUCUAAAGGCAAACGUGACGAUGAUGUGGCCAGCAAUUCGGGAACUCUUGGACCAUCUGGGGCCGCUGAAGGGAUUGAGCAGAUCUUGCAGGACAGUGAAGAUGAAACUGAUAGUGACGAGAGAAUUCCAGCAAACAGAAAAGGCAAGAAAGCUGCAUCUGCAUGGAUUGAGGAGCAAGGAGAAGAUGACAUUGUGGACUUUCUGGAUAAAUCUGCGGGAAAGCAGAUACUGUCUACUGACCCGAAGGCACCACUAAAAAGCAAGGGGAAAUGCCCGUUUGAAAUGACUGAGGAUGGACGGCUGCUCAUUCUGGACCCAGAGACUGGAAAAGCUGAAAAGGAUGAGCCAGCAAGUGACACGGAAGCAGCAGCAAAUGAUCUUCUGGAGGCACUGUCUCACUACAAGACCAAGAAGCGGAAGGCGCCUCUUGAUGUGAAUGGUGGAGAAGGGACAUCAGGAAUAACAAGUGGAACUGGACCCUCUAAGAAGAAGAAGAAGACUGAUAAGACAUCCGAUGGCGAUGCAAGGAAGGGCAAGUUGGAGCCCUAUGCCUACGUGCCAUUGAACAGAAUGUCACUGAACAAAAGGUUCAAGAAGAAGCCUGCAGCAUUCAAGAGACUGCUUUCAGCAGCCCAGAAAGGCGCACGAAAAGGACAAAAGACAAGAGCAGCCCAUGUAAUGAGAGGUGCUAAAAAUAAUAAAUGAGGUAUUUAUUUGUGCUACAUAA